AUGGCGGCCGCAGAUUUGAUGGUCCUUGCCCUUGCCGUUGUUUUGGAGCAGAUUAAUUAUAUAUACCUGUUUGCUGAUUUCUUGCUCAUAACUCCGGUUUGCACUGUGGCGCUCGUCCUGCGGCUCGCAAGCACAGAGUUUUCCAUUUGGUUCACGGUCGCUUUCACUUUCGAUCGCUACGUCGCCAUCUGCUGUCAAAGUUUGCAAAACCGAUAUUCCACAGAGAAAACAGCGUCUGUCGUGAUACUAACAGUGGCCGCAGCGGGCUGUGUCAAGUGUGUUCCAUUUUACUUUACAGUGGAUCCACGGCGCUGCGUCUCCACGGCUGAAUAUCUCACGUCAGCCGCGUGGAGGGCAUACGAGUUAUUUGACAGCAUUACAACACCGUUAUUACCGUUCGGUUUAAUUCUGCUGUUUAAUGCUUUAACCGUUAGACAGAUUUUAGCGACAAACAGAGUCCGCCAGGGACUUCGGAGCAGCAGUGAGAAUCAGAAGGAUUCUGAGGUGGAGAACCGGCGAAAGUCAAUCAUUCUGUUGUUCGCCCUGUCAGCCAAUUUCAUACUAUUGUGGUUGCCCUAUGUCGUACACUCCAUGAACUGGCAAAUGGUAAACUAUUCCUACGCAGACAGGUAUUUCAGCACACCGACAUAUGUUCUCCAACAGUUUGGGUUUAUCUUGCAGAUGCUCUGUACCUGCACCAAUACGUGUAUCUACGGACUGACACAGAGGAAGUUCAGGGAAGAGUUGAAGAAUGGAAUGAGAUAUCUUUUUACAUUAACUGGGCGGUUCUGUAUUUAA